UCGCUGAGUCAGAUGGACAGCUCCCAACUUAGAAUGACACAAACAGGCAGACCAACUCUUCCCAAUUCAUAGGGGCUGAAAACGUCAGGAGGACUCUUAAAAAACAGAAAAAAUAACCCACAUUGGGAGCUGCAAAGGGAAGAGCUGGUGGAUAUUGACGAGAUGGAGGAAUGUGAGAGUUUGGACCCGGAGAUGUCGGAGCUGCAGGAGUUUCAGUCGGAAGCCUCGGAGGCCGUCAGUCAGGACGAUGAGGACGAGUUGGAGGAACUGCAAAACAGUCUGCGAGAAGUUGUCCAGGACCAGUCGGUGAAGCCCAAACUCCAGUGCCUGAUGGUGGAUCCCUCGUUCUCCAUGGUAACAGUUCAGAGUGAGGACAGCGGUAUUGUUUGGGAGACCGCCUCUAGCCGCUGCUCUACUCCCUGGGCCUCGGAGACGAGCUCCAUCUCCGAAGCCUACAGCAUGGAGGGCCCUGGGGCCGCGGGAAAGAUCACCAUUGUCUUCGAUGAGGAUAAAAUAGUCCGCAGGAGGACGCGGUCUGGAGGAAGGAGCAGUAGAUUGGGGGACAGGCUGAGCCGACCUGGGAGCUCUAGAUCUGCCUCAGCCCUGGGAGUGGAGAGACCGGAGAUGGCAGAGGUCUCUCUUCCCAACGUAAAACAGGAGAAAACCGAAACAGAGCCAGGCUUGGAGGAAAUCAAAAACAAGGAUCAGCAACUGUUCAGUUUGAUUUCAGAGGGUUAUGAGAUUCUCAACAUCAGAGUGCCGUCCAAACUUCCUACUGUGGAUGAGGAGGAGAGCACAGAGCUGCAGGACAACUUGUCGUAUCUGGACCAGACGCCAAUGAUCAGGUCCCGAAACCACCAAGACUGGAAAGAGCAACAGAAUCAUGUCCUGCCAGAGGAGGGGGAAAUACUGGAUCUCCAAGAGGACUCUUCGCAGCAUUUAGCAGACACAGAGUCCGGACACACUCAGAAAGAGAGAACCAGUGACAUUGACUAUUUUGAGAAGUUUACCCUUUUGGAUGAUGCAGUGCCUGGAGAACAAGUUCCAGAGCUUCAUGAGGAGGCACAACAGCCUCCAGUGAAAGCCCAAGCAGAGGAGCAAGAACCUCCGAAGGAGACAGCCACAGACAGCCUCUCGGCGUCAGAAGAAUCUUUUGUCUUUGUUACAGAUGUGGAGAUGGGGGAACACCUGGAUGAGGUCUUCUACGGAGAAGGAGCUCCUGCUGAUGCACUGCAGCGGAAGGAUGACGACGAGGCGGAGGCUGAAGCCAGGAUGAGAACGAGACGAGAGAGCCAGAGAUCGAUGAAGGAGAGCGGUUCAGUGUUGUUUGGGAGCGAGGAGACCGUCCUCACACCGAUCUAUAUCUCAUCCGGACCCCCAAAGAUCAUUGACCUUAUCCUCCUGGAGGAGCCCACCGCCAUGUCCUUUAUGUACUCUGACCUUUACGAGGACGCUGUAGGGCAGCGGCAGAAGAGUGAUGAGGAAAACUCAGAGGCAGAGAGCGUCACAUCGGUGAAGUCUUAUAAGAGACGUCUGUCGGAUUCAGAGGAGGCAAACGGAUACCUGGAGAAGUUUACUUUGAAGGAUGAAACUCCCACCAUGGAGGCUCAACCACAGUCAGUGGACAAUAAGAAGGAGGGGAGGAUGAUGUGGUCACAGAAUGAGUUUGCAAUGACAGGAUGUCUAAUGAGGGUGGCCAAAGAAGACAAGACAAAGACAGAGGAACCAAAGACACAGGAGGUCGGUGCUGGAGACGGGAGUGAUGAUGUUCAAUCAGCAACAUUUGAGGAAAAAAGCGAAACAGAGAAACUCUCCAUGGUGACCGAAGAGGAGGCUGACGGUAAAGCCUCAGAAGAAUCAAUUCAGGAGGAUCAGGUGGAAGCCCAGCAAGUGAAACAUGAGGUAAAAGGAGAGGCUGAGCCUCUCAGUAGCAGCACUUAUCAGAACGUUCCUGAAAUCCAAGAGGUGGACACAAAAGUAGAGAAAACAGAAGAAGAGAGUCAGGAGCAUCAGAAAGAGGAGCAGAGAAAAAGCGAGCUUGUGAAAGCUACAGAUGAAACAGCUGUAAAAGCACCUGUAAGCAGUGAGGUGCCACAGACGGACAUUGAAUCAGGAUUACAAACAGAAACGACUGAAAAGAGUUUGUCUGAGGCGGCAGUCCCUGACACUGAGAUGGUGGCUGCUGAUGAGAAAAGAGAAGCUGAGGCCAAACCAGGGGCCUUAGUUGAAAAAGAAACGCUAACCACGACCGAGCCCUCGGCUGAGAUAAAGACAUCGGCUGAAAUAUCUCUGUGCGAGGGAAAAGAAGCAGCAGGAGUCACUCCUCAAGACAGUGCACCCGUUGAAGUCACCACCAGCUGUGAUAGUGCAGUACACGCAGUCGUGGAGGUAACCGAGAAAUCAGUGAACCAAAAAGAGAGACAAACCCAAGUUCAGAUUGAUCUUCAUGAGGUAACAAGUGUCGAGACGACAGAUGUUCCAACAGCGACGAGGGAAACUGCAGCUAAGAGCCAGCUGCCUGAAAUCAUUGUCGAAGCUGACCAGGAGUCAGCUGAGGUCCGAAAUGAGACUUCAAGUGAAGUAACCGCGCCUGUGAUGUCAGAGGAAGUCGAGGCUGAUUCAGAUAGGACACAUUGUGAAAUCCUUGAAUCCCUGCCACCAGAGGAGUCGGUAACUGAUGAUGAAUCAGACAAAACAAAGGUGAUAAGUCGGGAUGAGGGUGAAACACCCACAGAAGACACCGGGACUGUGGUGCAAGACACGGUGAAUGACGGUGCGGAGUUGAUCCUCCUCGUGCCCAAAGGACAAGCUGUAGAGAUGGACAUUGAUAUUAUUCAGUGGCCAGACAAGACCACAGGUGAUGCACAAGCUUCCCCUGAACCUGAAAGUGCAUGUGAACAUCUCAUAGAGCCUGAAGACACACCGGCACCGAUGGAAGAAACAAAGAGUCAGUUGGAAUUAGAACCAGAAGUUGCUGUAAGGGUAGAAGAACAACCAGGAAAUGACUUAGACAGAGAGUCCUCACCGCUUGCCCCCGCGGAGGACUCAGAGGAGAAGAAGGUGGAGGAGGACUUAGAAGAAGAUGAGCCUGUCUUUUCCCCUCUGAGGAGCUUUACACCCCAGGAGGAUUUAUCUGGGCCGCGCCAAGAGGAUAUACAACCAGAAGAACCAGACGUUGAACAAAAGGCGGAGACGAACGAGGUGGAAGACGCCCCAGAAGCAAUCGUUAUUAAACGGGAUGUUGGUCCGGAUAUUGAUCUGCAAAGCGAGGACGUGGGGCAAAAAGUGGAGCAAGAUGAGAGGAUUCCAGAGCCUCCGGGAACACCCGUGGAGGAGCUUGGAUAUGAGUUCAUAUCUAAACAGGAUGCAGAGGAUGUGCCCGAAUCUGAAAUACAGAGAGAUGCAGAGGAAUCCUCGCCUGCAUCUGGCCAGCGCAGAGGAGAGAGGAUGGAUGUGGAGAUGGACUUGGAGGAGAAAGUGCUUGAUCUGCCGCCAGAAGAAGAACUGAUUGAGGCUGACUAUGACAUCAUUGACGCAGAGGAGGAGAGUCAGGCCCGACUGGCUGCUGAGCUGCAGGGGAUGGAUUGGUUCUGUCUCACCUGUGGAUGUCUGCUGUCAGAGGACGAGUGUGUGUCGGGAGAGCAUCGCAGCCACGAGGUGACGUCAGUGGACAAAGCCUAUGAGGAAAUCAAGGAGAAGCUGAGUGACUGGAUCUCAGAGCUGCAGGGGAGGUCGGAGAACAUUGAGGACUUGGUGUCUGAACUGGAGCUGGCCUACAACACCGUAGAGGACCAGUGUGUGGAGGGCGAGGCCGUGAUGCGGGCACAGAACGAGGAGAUGAUGGCCCUGGUGAUGGAGCAGUACAACGGCAUGUCCGUCAGCAUGGAGGAGGAGAAGAAGGCCAAGCUGGAGCAGCUGUACGACCAGAUCGUCUCCUUCCAGGAAAGCAUUGACACCACCAAGGCCACUCUGGAGACCACGGCCAGAGAGGCCGAGACUGACGCCCGGUCGCCCAGGGACAUUCACGCAAGGCUGGAGUCCGCUCUGGACUCGGCCAUGUCACUGGAGCUGGGUCCCAAGGGGCUGCUGGUGUUCGAGGACUACGCCAAGGGCAACACUUCCAGCUCACACCUCGCACAGCGCAAGGGAAUCCCGGUGCCUCAGAGGCCCACGCUGCAGCCCCAGGAGCCAGACUCAGCCACCAGCACCAGUGUCACCGUUUACUGGAAAGUCAACCCCGGAGACAUCAUAGACUGCUUCCAGGUCUACUGCAUGGAGCAUCCACAGGGAGCUGUGUCAGAGGAGUACCGUGUGACCGUGAAGGAGAGUUACUGUGUCUUGGAGGAGCUGGUGCCUGACAAGACGUACAAGGUGUGGGUGAUGGCUGUCAACUACUCAGGCUGCUCUCUGCCCAGCGAGAGACUGGCCUUCACAACCGCUCCAUCAGUGCCGGCGAUUGACACAGAGCGCUGUACCGUCACGUGGGAUUCAGCGACGCUGAGGUGGCAGAGGCAGACCGCCGGACAGAGUUACACCUUGGAGUACUGCCGCCAGUAUGAGCUGGAGGGAGAGGGGCUCAGAUCCAUCUCAGGCAUCAGGAGCUGUGAACAGAGGGUCCUCCUGCAGCCCAAUGAGAAUUACCUGUUUUACAUCAAAGCUGUGAAUGAGGCCGGAGCCAGCGAGCAGAGCGAGGCUGCACUCAUUUCCACAAAAGGGACGAGGUUCCACCUGCUGCAGGCCUCGGCUCACCCCGCUCUGGAGCUGUCGGUGGACCAGACCACUCUGCACUAUUCCCAGGACGUACAUGAAAACACACCGCUCGCAGACCGACAGUGUCCAUCCAUCCUGGGGGAGUUGCUGCCAGUGCGUGGGCGCUACUACUGGGAGACCAUAGUGACAGGAAGUGCAGCCUACAGACUUGGAGUGGUUUACAGCACAGCCAAUAGAGACAGCCCACUGGGGGAAAACAGCCUGUCAUGGUGUUUGCAGUGUAUCCCUUCACCAUCAGGUUGCACGUAUCAGCUGCUGCACAACGACGUCCAGUCCAGUGUGUUUGUGAUUGAGAUGCCUGAGCGAGUGGGCACUCUCCUGGACUACCAGCUCGGCCGUCUGUCUUUCUACAACGCCCACAGUGGUCAGCUGCUGGGAACCUUCAGCCAGCGCUUCACCCACCAGUGCCACCCGGCUCUGGCCCUGGAGACGCCCGGCAGUCUGGAGGUCAGCAUGGUGCUGGAGGCGCCGGAGUUCACAAGGGACAGCUAGCUCCGCUCCUCGCCUCGACACGUCCCAAGAGUUUACAGUUCACGUUGGACAUUUGUUGAUUUGAAUGAUCUUACUUUACAAUGUUUUAAAUGAACACUAGCACAGAUAUGAUAAAACCCACUUAAGUACUAAGUACCUACUUAGUAAAGCAAGAAGACACAGUUGGGUCCCAUUUGUUCAACCCAUUUCAUUUGAUCAGAACUUGAACAGCAUGGAGCUCACUUUCUGACUCAAUACAAAUUAAAUUGUAGUCUUUUUUUUUGGCGACAGAAAUGAAACUGUCUUGUAAAUAUGAAAAAAAACAGAGGUAGUGCAAAUGAAUGGUGAAGGUGUGCAAUACAAAUGGAUUUCAAACUGGGUGCCUUUUCCCCGGUCUCGUAUUUUGUUUUGUCAAGAAGGAGAAAUGAUCUGUUGUGGAUCAUUUUGUAAUUUUUAACCGUGAAAGUAUGUGGCAGUUUUGUAUUGUUUUGUAAGUGUUUAAUGAUUUGAUACUUUUCAGUUGCCUCAACUGACAUCAACAAAAUUGAGUCAAAUACACGUAUCGUCACUGAGACACACAAGUGAUCCAGAAGAGUUUAUAUCCACACAAAUAUACUGUAGCACUUUUUGAACUGUCUCAUGUUGUGAAUAGGUCUGUUUUGUGUAAAUAACCUUUGUAAACAGAUGUAAUCAGUUGUUUUUUUUGUUAUGUUGCAACUGUUGGCAAAUGCAGUUGAGCAGUUCUUCUCUCUCUGUCUUGUAAACGGAUUUUCUUGUUUUAGAAUGAUUAUUGUUUUUUUUCUAUUUGCACAACUGGACUGAUUAUUAUGACUCAGCGCAAUAGUUCUCUAGUUUGUGUUCACCACCAGGGGGCCUCAGGACUCCAUUUGUUGUAAUAUUGGCUGCAAAUUCACCUUUAAUUUAAGAGAUUGACAAUAGAGUUUGGAAAUCACUUGAAUGGACAUGGAAAUUAAACACUCCGUAACUCUAAAGCAGAGAUGCAGUAUUAAAUAAAAUGAGCAUAAUUUGUAAUUGUUCAGUUAUUGAUGAUAUAACCAAACAGCCACUGUCAAAUAUAUUUUUUUGUAGUUUUUUCCUUUUAGAUCCUUUUGCCAUGUACCUUUUCAUCACCCAGUGCACGUAAUGUAAUUAAUAUCAACUUUGAUACACAAAUUAAAUGUGAAAAAAAAUCUGUUUA